AUGCUGAAUUGUACUAAUUCAAAUAACAGCGGUGCAGAAGCGCAGACGUGGGAUAUCGUACACACGGAUUUGUUGUCGGCUGACAUUGGCUCCCUCUAUAGUUUCGACGCCAACGCCAGUAGCGUUCGUCAUUGCGUUUCCUCUGGGGCCAGCAACAACAACAACGACAUCUCCAGUGAUUUGACGUUACUGGUCGAAAGUGAGAGGUUUCACGUUCAUAGAGUUAUCCUCGCCUCCAGAUCUGAUUUCUUUCGGGCCCUUCUGUAUGGAGGCCUAAGGGAGUCUCAGAACAACCAGCGUGAAAUUGAGCUGAAAGGUGCGAGUUCUGAAGCAUUCAAGUACCUACUGAAGUACAUUUACACUGGCUGUAUUUCACUGAGAGGACUGAAGGAAGAAACAGUUUUAGACAUCCUGAGCUUAGCAAACCUCUACCAGUUCAUGAAGCUGAAGUCCUCAAUCUCUGAUCACCUCAAGGUCAUCUUAACGGUAUCGAACGUAUGCAGUAUCUUUGAUUUGGCACUGAUGUUCAAUCUGGACCAGCUAGUUAACACUUGUUGCACGUUCAUCGAUAGGAAGGCUAGUGAGGUUUUACUAACCGAGGGAUUUCUAAAUUUGUCGUCCAUGUCACUGGAGUACAUCCUGGUCCGCGACUCGUUCUUCGCCCCUGAGGUGGAGAUCUUCAGAGGGGUGCAGGCCUGGGCCUACCACAAUAACAUCAGCAACACCAACUUCAACAACAACAUCAUGACUCAAUUAAUUCGUUUGCCCCUGAUGUCGUUGGAUGAAUUACUUAACGUUGUGCGACCUUCAAAGUUCAUCAGCUCCGAUGACAUUCUCGACGCUAUCAACAUUCAACACUCCUGUAGAAACAUCGAUCUAAAUUUCAGAGGAUUUUUGUUUGCGAUGGAAAAUGUCGCGAGCUCGCACCACCACGCACACGUCAUAGAGGGGGAUAUGAGGACGCCACUGUUGGACAACAACAACGUGACGUACAAUCUCGAUCAGGGUUUCACAACUCAUCCAAUUGAGGAUGUCAGCACGCACACACUUCCGCAUCAACCUAAAGGAAUAACCAUAGAGCUGGGAUAUCCGUGUAUCAUAAACAGCAUUGUGAUGCUACUUUGGGAUAGAGAUACCAGGUCGUAUUCUUACUACAUUGAGACCUCAAUGGAUAAGAUUGAAUGGAGAAUGAUUGUAGAUAGGAGGAGAUAUCUCUGCAGAUCCAAGCAAGUCCUGAGGUUCAAACGACAAGUUGUCAGGUUGUAUAUACGCAUUGUGGGCACUCACAACUCGGUGAACAAGGUGUUCCAUUUGGUCACCUUUGAAUGCUUUUACAAUCCUAUUCCUUGCUGUCUGGUUGACGGGUUGAUUGUUCCAAACACGAACAUGGCCACCAUAGACAACGCAGCCUGGGUGAUAGAAGGAGUAAGCAGAAGUCGAAAUGCCCUAAUUAACGGGAACAUGGUGGAUUAUGAUUGGGAUUCUGGAUACACGUGUCACCAGCUGGGUAGUGGUGCUAUAGUCGUGCAACUGGCUCAGCCAUUUCUCGUCAACAAUAUGAGGCUACUGCUAUGGGAUUGCGACAAUCGCUCGUACAGCUACUACAUCGAGGUUUCGAACGACCAGCAGACGUGGACUCGCGUUGUGGACAGGACGAGAAUUCAGUGCCGAAGCUGGCAGUACGUGUUCUUCAAGGAUCAAGUUGUCACCUUCAUUAAGAUUGUCGGAACGCAGAAUACCGCCAACGAGGUAUUUCAUUGUGUGCACUUUGAGUGUCCCAUAGAGGAAACGGCCCUAUUGGAGUACAACCGCCAGCAGUUCCAGCAACAGCAGCUUGUAGCAGCAGCGGCAGCUACUAUUGCUUCGUCAUCGCCUACGUUACCAUCGUUAGCUGACCAGCAACAACAGCUGCUUUCAGCUGCUAAUGUUGUUGCUUUAGCUAAUAGGUCGGUUGGCUUGUUUGCUUAUAUGUGUAUAUCUGUCUUGCUCUCUAUAGUUGUUUGUGUGAUGGUAUUAUUUAUAAUAAUAUUUAUAUUAAUAAUAACAGCAAAAGUUAUAAUAAUAAUAAAUAUAACAAUAUUAUAA